GUGUGACUACCUCAGAGGAACGUUGCUUGUUGAGUUCGGGAGUCGGUACGGUUAGUCGUCCUUCAGCAAUUUUCAUGUACUUUUUCAUGUUCCAGUUUAGCAAGUUUGAUUUUACCAAACCAGACUUACCUCAAAGUUUCAGUAUCUUUGCAGUAUCCUGAAAGGUACUCUGACCGGUCGUUAUCUCAACAGCCACACCUGUUGCUAGCAGUACUCCCACACUACACGGUAACGGCUGACACUAGCAACGUGGUCGGAAAAACACGAAAAAGCGCAGUGCACAAUUUUGUGUACAGACGACUCAGAUUCUCGAAAAUAUCUUAAAUAACUUAAAAAAUAAAAUGAACGCAAGAACUUUUUUAAAGCGGCCCUGCAAAAUUAAAAUGAACCGCCGUCAAGUGGUGUUAGUUACGCUGGGUAACUCCUGCUGUCACGAUGGCAGUUUAGACAGGUGUUCUGCCGUAGAAUGCACCCCUGCCGUAGAAUGCAUCCCCUGACGGCUGCGCAGUUAAAAGUACAUAUAACGAGGCGAAAUAAUCCAAGUUUUCUUUACCACUGGACGGAUUCAAAAGGGUUUGCCUUUAAUUAUUUCAUCCAGGCUAUUCAGACAAGCCCAAAACAAUGGCCCUCUGAUUCGGAAUACUUGCUGUCUCAAAAAUAUAAUGUUCUCUGCCAUGACAGUUUACUGUACAGUUAAAUAUACCCAAGUGCACCUCUAUGUGUGCAUUUUUGAGAGACAUAAAAACAGAAAGAAAGUUUAUUGCUCCAUUUGACAUGAUGUUAUGAUCCAAUACUCGUGUUCUUUUAAAUAUGAGAUCAUUUUCUUCUACUUUAAGAAGCUCAUGAGGGGAUGGGACACAGGGGGUGCAUUCUACGCCACAACACCUGUAAGCCGUUUGAGCAAUUCUGUUUGUUUGUUUUUUCAGAGUUAAGAAAUAAGCAUCGUUUAUUUCACAAUGACAUAUGUGAAAUAUUUAAAAUGUGUGCAUUUACUCACGAGGAAAAUUUUAUGGACAAUCAAGAGUAUUGUCUCAUUUAUUCAGAAAAACAGGAAAGAAAAUUCUUAUUUAUGAAAAAGUUAUUAAGUAAUUUUUGAUAAUAAGCUCUUUAAUUCAGAAAAACAGAGCAGAAUUAUAAUAUCUACAAACCACAAAGGAAUCCACGAUGACCAUCUUUAACCAUCACAGCCAACCCAAACAAUGAAUUUAAGUUUUAGAUUUCAGCUGACUUUUUGGAAGGCGCUGCAAUGGUUCCAAUAAAACGUACAUCUAGGGGACCUUCAUCAAAGCACCAAUUUAACCUGAGCUUAAUGGCCCAUUUGCUUUGGUUUUCUCUCAUGAUUAUAUUAAGGGCUUCUAUAAGUAGAGAAGAAGUGGGCCAAAGAAUAAAUGAUUGGUUUAAUUAAGGGGCAAACAGGGAGGAGAGUGUGUGUCCUUCCCUGUAAAAGCAAAUUAAACCUUAGUCAGCUCUUUGACAAGAGGUGCUCUGAGUCAGCACAUUCCCACUAAGGAUGCACUUUGACUCCUCAAGUUCCAGCGUAAUUACUUGCUCUUAACUCUGAUUACUGGACCACAAUCUGUGCCACUUUCAUCGGUUUUGCAAAAGUCACGAUCAAAACAAAAAUUUACCAAGAUAAUGGAUAAUUGAGUCUUUUUUUUGACACGUGUAUCACAAGUAAACAUGUAUUUUAAAUAUGAAGUUAUGGCUUGAUUGCAUUUGCAUCUUGUUAUUUUCCACAUAAGCUCACUGACCUCACAUGAAAGAGAGGAUGAUCAGUGACACUCCCACUUCUUUCCCACUCCCACAGUCUCACAGUGUACCUCAUUUAUUUUCAGCUUAAUUUGGCGGCAGCACAGAUUACCGUUACAUAUCUCCAGCCACAAGGCGCAACAAAAAACCAUUUAAAGCUCUAAAAUUUAAAUACUAUCAACUAAAAGCUUCUACGCAGCAUUGUGGAGCUUCAAGCCAGCAUGGAGAACUCCUCCAAGGCCCGUCCCAGUCUCCCACCAAGACCCACUGUGACGCUGAAGAAAGAGAGGGACAGAGGAGCUUCAGAGCCACCAAGAAGUCACAGACAACGGCCAUCAAAGGACAGCAAGAACCCUAAGAUAUCAUCAGUGAAGAAAGAGAGGUCGCAGAAGGAGAAGCUGGAGAACAAUACUGUGGGAGUGGAGCGGGAGACUGAGCUAAAAGUGAAAUCCACUGUGGUGGACAUUGACAGUGUGAGAGAAGAGGAGGUCAAGGAGGAGAACUUGGGGCUCCUGGAGGCAGCUGAGGAGGAUAGUGAGUAGAAGCGUGAAAGAAAGUCUGGGAUGUAAUAAACGCUACAGGGGGAACAUGGACAGAAGUUUUAUACCACUUACAUUCAAUUGUUAAUCUCUCCCAGUUCAUCAUUUUCAUGCAGGAAGGCUGAGCUGAAGAAAGAUGUAAUUAUGCAUGGUUGUAUUCAGCUUGGGUAUGUUGUCUCUGCAGGUCUGAAGCGUAAGAACCUGGGAGUGUUUGAGUGGCUGCUGAUGGUCUUUGUCUUGGCUCUGGUUCUCAUCUUUCUUCCUUUUGCCAUCUGGUUCUGUGUCAAAGUAAGGACUGAAGUCAACAGAGCUGAAAUUAUUAGAUACAGUCAACAGGGAUAUCUCGACCUGUUCCAUCUCAGUCAGCAUUUUUCACCUAAUAAUGACUGUUCCAUUUAACCUGAUAUGCAGUCAACACAACUAACAGAACAGAAAUCCUUGUUUAUCCUCAGAUUUACUUUUUUGCAUACAAGUUGGACUCAGCUAUCAUCAUCAUCCUCCAUUUCUAUGUGCUGACUUAUUUGUGAUUUUGAUUGACAGGUAGUGAGGGAACAUGAGAGGGCUGUUAUCUUCAGACUGGGUCAUCUACUGCGGGGCAAACCCAGAGGACCAGGUUGUUGCUCAUCACCAUAAACUUCAAGCUCAUCUGUCAAAUGUCAUGCUGAAACUGUAGCUAUCUUCAAGAAUGUUGAAAAUCCUUUUUACUUUAGCUAAAUCAUCUGUCUAUCUUCUACAGGCCUUCUCUUCUUCCUCCCAUUUUUGGAUGUAUGCCACAAGGUCGACAUUCGGUUGAAAAUGCUAAAGGUUCCUCUUCAUACGGUCAGAGCAAUAUUGUAAAAACAAACUGAACUAGCUGAUUAGAAUUUGUGGCGUUUUCUGUCCUAAAACAGUAUAAAAUGAUCCUCACUUUACUGUAUCAGUUUAAGCGCACACACUUUAUCCUCGUAGCAUAGAGUUUUUCCAACUUUUUAAUCACACAAUGACAAAACUUGGAUUGUGUUUGUCCUAUCACUGACUUUUUUGCACCCAGGUGGUGACAAAGGACCUACUAAGGCCAGAGCUGAGUGCAGUGUGUUAUUAUCAAAUAGAAAAUGUGACUCUGUGCAGCUCAGCUCUGUCCAGUCUGACCACGGUGCUGCAGACUCUCGUCCAGGCGGUGGUCAGAGACGUCCUUUCCCAGCACACACUCAGCCAUGUCCUGCUGCACAGGAGGAUGACAGGAGAGCAGAUACAAGCUGCUGUUGACUCUGUAGCAUGCCGCUGGGGCAUCAGGGUGGAGAGAGCAGACAUGUAAGUAAGGCUGAAGUUAAAUGUUCCUCUUAUACCUCCAAGUUUUUUAGGAAAUGAUACAAUUGAAGAAGGACAGAUGAAAAAGCAAGUGCAUGACUUGCAGAAGUGGUUUUGGAAAAUUUUCAAGGCACAAAGGAGGUUUACUCCGCUCAAGUAAAGAGAAAAACAUGUAGAAAUUUGUGUCAUACCUUGAUCUGUUUUCUGAGCUGGACUGUGUUUGAUUUUCUGUCAGAGAUGAACUCAGUUUUCCAGUGGAGUUACAGCAAAGUCUGGCUGCUGAGGCUGAAGCUAAAAGACAUCAACAGGCCAGAGUGAGUGACUAUACCAGCAUUAAUUAUCUAAUAUUCAUAGCUUUACAGAGGAAUGAUUGGAAAGAUUUAAAUAUUUAUUGUUUUUCGAUUUAUCAUGUCAAAUAUGGCUGAAAGAUUACAAUAGUUCAGAUAGUGUGAUAAAGUUAUUCUUUGGUUGGAAACACAAUUGAAAAUGGUUAAAAAAAGUGAGUUAAGGUCCUCUUACAAAACCAGUUAAAAACACUCACCCAGUUGUCUUGAAAUUGCUUUGUUUCUUUAAAAAAAAGUUGAUAUGCAGGUGAAAAAGUGCAUUUUUUAGCAGCUAUCCCUCUUACCGCCAGGUCAAAGCAGCAGAAGGGGACAGGGAUGCCUGGGAGGGCUUCAGGGCUUCCCUCCGUCUCCUCCAUCCUGCCCUGGUCCUUCCACUCCCCCCUGAUCUCCUCAAUGUGACCCCUGACCUCUCAUCCCUACCACCACCCCCUCCUCCUCCUCCACCUCCAGCUGUGGAGGAAGAUGGAGGAAUGGUGGAGCAGAAUCCAAGGACAGACUCGCCAAUGAUGUGACGGACUGUUCUGAGAAUGGGACUUUUAUCUC